AGAUAUCCACUGCCACGUCAGCUGUGCACGAACGUAAUUAACAACAUCAAACAAGGACAAAAAUGGUAAUUCAAGUAGUCUCCACAACAAGUUCCAUAUAUAGCUUGGAGGGCAAGAUUGAAGAGAGUGUAAUGUCCCCACCAUUAAUUUACCAUUAUGCCACUCUGUUUCCGAAGUUUCUCUGAACAAAAAUUUAAGGCUCGGAGUCAGGUUUGGUCAACGGUUUGGACUAAUGUUUUCACUUGUUAAUGUCCUCGUUUCUUUGAAGAUUCUUUUAUCCUAAGCUUAGGUUCGGUUUCCAAGCCUAUCAAACGGCCUCCUAAGCCUAAUUUUCCCGCUUACACACACACAUAUAGUACAUACGUUGUCACUUCACUUGGGUUUAACUUAAUCAAGAGGAGAAACGGAAACAGUGAGAGUAGAGAGUGUGCUCAACACAAAUAUAUUCAUAAAUAAAACCAAAGCUGAGCUGAGCUAAAAGCCAGACAAAUAUUCUCUGUGUUUGACUUGGUGUUCUCGGGUUUUAAGAUAAACAUAUCCUUUUGUCUUGUUGUUGUUGAAGAAAAUGGAAAGGAGCUGGCUCAUGAACAGCAGAGGAAUUGCAAAAAAAGUAAAGAGUGCUUCUCGUUCUUCUGCUUAUCAAAUAAAAGACUGUGGAGCAAAUCGUGAAUGCCCAAAUUGCCAUUAUGAUAUUGACAACAGUGAUGUUUCUUCAGAGUGGCCUGGGCUGCCAGCUGGUGUAAAAUUUGAACCAUCUGAUGAAGAUCUCAUAUAUCAUUUGUCUGGAAAAUGUGGUGUUGGAAACAUAAUUCCUCAUGUGUUUAUUGAUGAAUUUAUCCCCACACUUGAGGGAGAAGGAAUUUACUGUGACCAUCCUGAAAAUCUUCCUGGUGCUAAGAAAGAUGGAAGAAGCAUUCAUUUCUUUCAUAAGAUAUGUAAUGCAUAUUCCACUGGUCAAAGGAAGCGUCGCAAGGUCCAAUGUCAGCAGGGUUCGACGGCUGAGCAUGUGCGCUGGCACAAGACAGGUAAAACUAAACCUGUGAUUGAAAAUGGAGUUCAAAAGGGGUGGAAGAAGAUUAUGGUUCUUUAUAAAAGCACUAAGAAGGGCUCUAAGCCAGAUAGAACUAAUUGGACUAUGCACCAAUACCAUUUGGGAACUGGAGAAGAGGAAAAUGAAGGAGACUAUGUUGUCUCAAAGAUCUUCUACAAGCAAUCUGAAAACAGUGAUAACAUUACUCUGAUUGAAGAAUCUGAUAUGAAAGCAGCAGCAGCACAUGAAGCCAGUCCCAAAACUCCGAAUUCAAAUCCACCAAUCCCACCUCGACAUGAUAUGACUGACACUACUACUCCAUUACAGUCAUCUGCCAAGGAGGAAGGAGAUCAUAUUGAAAUGUCACCUCUUAUCCCUCAAACAGACGGUCAGGGUGAGAACAAUAUGGAGGAGUUCCCGUGGCUGGCGGGUGAAUCACAGGCUGCCGAAACCUAUGACUUAUUGAACAUUGAUGAUUCUUUGUUGUGCAAGGAAACUUUUGAUUGCAUACCUAACACUAACACUAACUUGACUGGAAAAAACAUUCCACCUUGUGGUAUUUCUGACCUUGAAAACCUUGACUUUGACUCUCCACCAGAUUUCCAGCUUUCUGAUUUGCAGUUUUGUUCACAAGAAAGUAGUGUGCUUGAUUGGUUAGAUUGGUUAAGAGACAGCAUAUAGAGGCAACUACUUAAAGAUGAUAAUCCUAAAGGGUGUUCUAAACUACCAUCACCAGAGACAUUUACUAUGUUUUCUCAAUUGAAAUUGAUGGAGAAAAUGCAAGAAACAGCCUUGAUAUGGAGGGAAUCUACCUAACUAUGUUUAAAGCUAAUUUGUAUUAUUGUGUAUUUAAGGGUGUUGUUAAAUGGUAUGUAAGUUGUGUUGAGAUUAAAGAAAGAUGAUAAUGUAGUUUGAGAGGGAUUCAGUCUUUGCUUCUAAGUGCUAAGAUUGCUUAAAGAUCUCAUUUUUAUGAAUGAAAGCCAAUGAAAGCAGUGGUUGAAUCUUCAAUUGCUUGCUUGUAUCUUCUGCAAUUAAUAUUAUGUAGACAAUGGAAGAAUGUUUUAUAAUUUUAAUUAAGAAA